AGUUAGAAAUGAGACGAAAAUCGAAGGAAUUGGGCAUGAAAAAUCCCUAAACGGGAACUGUUCCUCCGAAGCGCAGCGUAUAAAGGCAAUGACGUGGUGUCUCUGGGUUGUAUUUUCACUAAGGAGACGAAAACAUGGGGAGAGCGAUAUGCCUGUGCUUACUAGCCAGCCUAGCAGUAGGGCUGGCUGUCCCCGUCACAGACCCACCCAGCCCAGGUAAUGAGGAAGAGCUGAUGAACAUCAUCCUUAAUGCUAAAUCAGAAGACAAUGACAUUGACGGUCCACCCGCAGGAAACGAACUUACAACAGAAAGUAAGGAUAAUGUAACUCUAGAUUCAGCUGCGGUCGUUGAAGAGGGCACCCAACAAUCAUCAGAUAUUGUACCGGAUACAAAUGUUCGUGAUAUCAGCACUACAACAGAAAAAAUAGAGGACCCAGCAACUGCAACCAAGGUCAAUCCGACAGAUUUACCAAAAGAACCUACAGAAUUAGAACCAGAGAUUGAAAAUGUACCCUUAGAUUCUGAGGAUGAUCAGCAGUACCCUCCAGAAAAGCUGUCACCUGAAGAACAAAUAACUGGAGAAGGAGAAAUAUUUGAAGGAAAUGCCGAUGUAAUGUCCUUAUCUGAAGGUCUGCUUAACGGAAAUGAUCAGAUUAUCAUCAUCCCAGAUGAAGGACAAGAGAUAUUUGAUGAUGUUCUGGAGGUACCAGAAGAAGAAAAUGCACAAGUCUAUGGUGACCAGAUUGUACCAGAAAUUAACGAACAAAGGACACCUGAAGAAGAAGAAGAAGAAGAAGAACCAGAAGUUAUUUUGGUUCUUGAUGAAAAAGUGCAGUUUAUGCCUACCACACUGGAAGAUGAGCAGUUCGAAGGUGAAGAAGAUGAUGAGCAGCGAAUUCAGGCACCCACAGAUCAAGCACAAUCUGGAGAGGAAGAAAUAUUUAUCAUAGAAGAUGGCGCAACUUUUCCCACAACUGAGGAAAAGGAGGAAAGCUUCAUACCUUUUGAGGUUUCAGUGGCAGAAGAGGAAGAAGUCCCUGUAGAGGAUUCAUUUAUGGAAAGGGAUAGAAUGCCUGCUCAGGAUCCAUUUAUGGCGGAGGAACAAAUACCCGGAGAGAAUCCAUUUAUAACAGAUGAACAAAUGCCUCCUAUGGUAAUGCCUGAAGUUUCAAUGAUGAACGAAGAAGUAAUAAUAAUGCCUAUUUCAGAAGAAUCAUAUGCAACUGAUGAUAAUGAGGACAGUGUUUUUGGAUUUGACUCCUCUUCCUAUCCAACUGGAAAUUCAGACUUUAUUUCUGCGGAAUUUGAUGAAGAUACUUCUUUCCCCGAAAGGCCUUCUUUUGAAAACUUUUAUAUUCCAGAUGACACUAUUGGAAAUGAAGAAAUUUCUACUUUUCCAGAAAAUGAGAAUGAUUCCUUUAUUGAUGUUGGAGAGGUAGUUUUAAACGAGCCUAUUCCAUCUCAAAACGAUAAUGAGACUCCUGCCUUGGUGAACAUCUUAAUGAUUAAAGCAAAACCAUCAAUAAACGACAGAAAUCCCAUAAUAGAAGUUGUCAGUACUGGUGUAUCUCAAAUGCCACCACAGUUCCCUUAUGGAGUACCAUUACCUAUAAACAAUGAUCAAGAGCAAGUAAAUUCAGAGAUCCCAGAAAGGGUACAAGAUGUUGAUGUUGACAUACUUAUCAGUGACAGUGAGGAGCUGCCAGAGCGAAGUAGUUUGUUUCCUCCAAAUACUCUCGCUCAGCAGCCAAUCACAUUCCCUGAGGAAUUUGCCUCAAAACACAAUCUACCAGUUUUCUCCAACAGAUGGACUGAAGAAAACUUUUAUCAGCCUCAGGGUAUUCAGUCACAUAAUGCCGUUCCGUUUGAACCUUUCACAUACUCCUCUUACAGCCGGUACAUUUCUCCUGGCAUUCCAGGAAAUUCCUUUGGAUCACCUUCUCUGCCUUUCAACUCCUAUGGACCAACUCAGGAUCAGUCUUUCUCCUCGCCUGAGCCUUUCCAACAAUCUUUUGAGGGAGACCAAUCUGGAGAUAUGAGUGGCGUGAUGAAUGAUGACAUGCAGUCUCAGAUGGCCAGCACAUUGCCGCUUUCAUCAACUUCUGAUGUUACCAGUUUUGACAGUGAAGAUAUGCAAGAGGAUGGACAACCUGGCCAUUUCCAUAUGACUGAUGGAGUCUUUCAGAAUUCCAGAUUCCCAAAUGUCCCCAACAGAUUUGAUAGUUUCAUAAAUUCUGCUAGCGACGACGAUGGGACAAGCCAAGAUUUCCGAGGACCAAACACUUUCCCCUUAAACUUCAGGAACCCUAACAUGGACAGAGAUAACAUGAACACCAAUAUCUUCGAUACUUCUUUUAGACAGGAUGCAUCCCUGAGACCUUUCCAACAAAACCAGCAAUAUGACGCCAGCGACUCCUUCUCCCCCAUUUACGAUUCUGGUUACAGUGGGCUGCCUGCUAAUCAACCAGUGCGAUUUGAUGUCAGGUUCCCAACUGCCAGUCUGUCCAAGCCCUUCAAUCCAUACGAGUCUUACGGCUUUGAUUACCCUUCAAAUGACAAUUAUUACCCAUUCAGGGCCUCAGGGCUUUAUUCCCCUCAGCUAAUGAACAGAUACAUGAACAGAUACUCCACGAAUUACCCAUUCGGUAACUUCCGCCCAUUCAACUACCCCAUACCUCGUUGGUAAACCAUUCUUUAUUCAGUUCUUUGUUAGUCCUUGAGAGUUAAAUUUCUUUAACUUUGCUUUUGUUGUUUUUCCUUGUUGUCUGUUUGUAUUUUAUCUCAUACUGAUAUCAAGUACUCUUGCUGUAUUAUAACUGUGAUGGAUAUGCAAUAUUUUGUUGCAUUUAUUUAAGGUAAUUUCGAAAUUCAUUAUUAGUGAGUCUUUCCUUAGGAUGCAACUCUUGCCAUGCUAGUUAAAUGAGGCAAUGUACUUAAAAUGAAAUAGCUCUUUAAACUGUUAUAGAGUCCUAAUCUUGCUUGAAAGUAACAGAAUUGAAGUUCAGCAAUACUGUACCUUGAAAUUGUGGCAUUCUUUGUGAUCCUCGUUUAGAAAUGAGGGUGCAAUGAUAUUUAAAAUAAAACAAACAUUAAAAUUCCA